AUGGGAAGCAGUUUUGAGGAACUGAAGCGUGCUGCUCUAGAGCAGAGUCAAAAGCAGCGUUCACAGCUGGACAAGGCACUUGAGGAGCGUGCGCGCAAGAAACGCGACGAUGAACGUGUACAAUCUGAGCGCGCAAAUCAGCGUGCAGAAUGGAUGGCGCGCGAGCGCCUGCGCCGGGAAAAGCAGCGUGCACUAGACCAGGAACGUAUUGAGAUGCAGAAAGAUGCGCAAAAGCGCCGGGAAGCGGCCGCUCGCGCAGCAGAGAAAGCUGCUAUAGAAAAAGCCGUGGGACGCACGGCAAAACGUGCACCCGCCCUCGACAAGGCCAGGUCCGUGGCAGUGCAACAUCGCUCGCAAGUUCGGCGUCCGAGAGAAACAGUAACGGCACUAACACGAGAAGAGAAGCGCAUGAAGCGGAUGGCCAAAGAUAUGGGCGUACCAUUCAGGCCCCAAAAAGUACGCGUUCGAUCGGACGCAUCAGAGGCUGCCCCUAGCCAAGUACAUACCCUGGCACCUCGUCGUCAGAAUGCUCGUGAAGAGUUUAUCGCACAAGAGAGACGACGAAAGGAAUUAAGGCAUCAACAACGAGAAGAAGAAGACGAGGAAGAAGACGAGGAUAGCGACGAGGACGAUGUCGAACCGGGCCCCUCUCAUGCAUCCAUUCGAGAUCAGAUUUGGCAGCUCUUUGGACGCAACCGUCAAGCGUAUAUGGCUCGUGAUAUUGACAGUGACGAUGAUAUGGAGGCCGGAGCGGAUGCCGUGCUUCGAGAGGAACUGCGGAGCUCGGCCUUUGGCCGUCGUGAGGAUGAGCGAGAGGAACAGCAUCUUUUGGAAGAGAAACGGCGUAAACAGAAUGCCUUACAUUGA